UUUUCUUGAAACUUCUUUUUCGAUGAGUUAAUAUUGUAUGUGUUUGUGUGUGUAUAUAUAAAUAUAUAUCUAAUCUUUGGGGUGGUUUUAGAGUUCCAAGAAAAUGGGGUUUGAUGAGAAGAAAGAAAGGGGAGAGACAAGUAAUCAGAGAGGAAAUAAAUUGAAAGAAAACCAAAUAGAAGAGAAGGGUUUGGAUGAAUUAGGAGAGAAGAUAGGGAGACAAAUGAGUGAGGUUUCUCUUAAUGGAACUGAUCAAGAAGAGGAAGAUGAUGAUCAAGGCAACAAAUUACAGUUGGGUCCUCAGUUUACUCUUAAAGAACAACUUGAGAAAGACAAGGAUGAUGACAGUUUGAGGAGGUGGAAGGAACAGCUUCUUGGGAGCGUGGAUUUUGACAGUGUUGGAGAAACUCUUGAACCAGAAGUGAAGAUUCUUGAACUGUCAAUUCUUUCUCCUGGUAGACCAGACAUUGUUCUUCCUAUUCCUCAAGAUGGAAAUCCCAAAGGCCCAUGGUUUACACUCAAAGAAGGAAGUCGUUAUAACCUCAAGUUCUCCUUCAAUGUCAGCAAUAACAUUGUGUCUGGCCUCAAGUACACCAACACUGUUUGGAAAACGGGUUUAAAGGUGGACACCACAAAGGAGAUGAUUGGAACUUUCAGUCCUCAGCCAGAGCCUUACACACAUGUGAUGCCAGAAGAGACCACACCCUCUGGCAUGUUUGCCAGAGGAUCGUAUUCUGCGAGAUCGAAGUUCCUCGACGACGAUAACAAGUGCUACUUGGAAAUCAAUUACACUUUUGAUAUCCGAAAGGGAUGGGCUACUCCUUAA